UUAUGACUUUUCACUGGACGUUGUCAUUACUGACAGUUUAGUAUGUUUUAGUUGGUUUUAGUGUAGCGCAAUGUAAUUAAUGUGAAUAUGAUCUAAACAUCACAUUGCACAUGAAAACAUUUACAUAUGCAAUUGAGAAGCUGUACUGCAAACAGUGAAAAUUUACUUGGUGAUAUUUUUAUCCAAAUUUUUGUCUAUUCUUUCAUUGUCAUCACACACCAACUAGAGGUAGAGGUGAUAUACAUGUGUCUGUGUCAUUCCAAGUUUCUGAACUAUAAUCAGUUGUUGUAAAAAGUAUCUUUAAUUGUUAUUUCUAACAGACAGCUACGAAAUAUGACACAAAACAGGAAGCGAGCCCGGAGCGUCCAUGACGAAAUCGAAUUCAUGCCAUUGUCAAAAAGAAUAAACAAUCUUCAUAUAAACAAUAUGCUAAUGGAAAGUCAAAAUCAAUUCUCGAAUUCUGCAUGGUGUCAAUCCAAUGGCACUUUUACUAGUCAGAAUAAUCCUAUUCCAGUAUCACCAUGUGGAUCAGAACAGAGCACGGAAGGGGUGUACCUCCCAUAUUCCCCAGAUCUGACGGAAUCUCAAAAUCCUCAUUAUUUUAACAUUAAUAAGCUUCUUUAUGAAGUGUAUAUGGAACGUGUUCGUAGAGGAUGUAAUUAAAUAUAAGUAGUGACUUAUUAUCUUAUUGUUUAGUUAGCUUUAUGCAGUGUUAUAAAAAUGUAGGUGGAUUUCUUAUACUGCAUAGGGCUUGUCUGGGGAACAGAUUAUUUCUCUACUGCCAUUUAGGAAUAUUAUUCAUAUGAGACACGAUUCUUUUUUUACUACAAAUAUUAACAUUCAUAUCUUUAUUAUGGCUCUUUCCUGGUUUUUACUAGUUCAUUCUUUUUUACCUUUUAUAUUUUACUGGAUUUGUUAAUAACAUAUACAAAUUGAUAUAAAGGAUAUGCUGUAUUUACUAUUCACAACUCUUCAUGAUAAGACAGGCGAUAUGCUUUGGAUGAGUUAACACUUGAAUUAUUAGGAUUUUUUGAUAGGUCAGAUACUCUUGUAUGCCUAGACUAAUUUAUUGAAGUGUAAAUUAUAUUAGUAAUUAUAUGUGCAAAAUGUUUAA